AUGUCAGCCACCAAAAAAAGAAAGGAGGCUUCAGAGAAAGAAGCUGAAGAAGUCGAAGAAGGAGAAGCGGAAAUCGUCUAUCUGAAUAAGCUAAGAGGCGCACACACCGACUUGAUCUUAUGCAGCUCAACGAUUGAUAAAGUAAAGAACGAGAAAAAGACAAUAAAGUUUCAAGUUGAGAAAGCAGUUUUAGCUUGUCACUCAUCCACUUUCCUUAAUAUGUUUACUGAUUGUUCUACACAAGAUAAGGAGAAUGUGGCUGAAAUUUCAAUUCCUGAGCCCGCAAAAGUCGUAUCAUCGUUCUUACACAUCAUUUAUGCAACCUUCCAGGAGCGAAAUGAGGCUGGCGAUGGAAAAGGAAGCUUUGAUCACUGGGUUGAUGUUAUUGAAAUGGGAGACAAGUACUUGGCAAAUGUUGUGGUCGAGAGGAGCAUCUUUAACCUUUGCAGCGCAUUUCGUUCACUGGCAGUCAAAGAAGCGAAUGUCGAGACAUUUUCGCAGACCAGAUACGGCAAAGCGGCAUUCUUGAAGCUGAUUGUUAUCUUCUCUCUGGUUGCAAACGGUCGGCUCGGUGCAUCGCAUUUGUCAGAGAACGAGCUCAUCUUUACCAUAAAGCAUCACUGGCGCGAUUUUUGCACCCAAUGUGGCAUCAACUUUGACAAGAGACCCUGCGGCUGCCAACAUAACUAUGCUAUAUGCUGUGGCAUCAAGCAAAGUCUUUGCUCACUCGAGACACUCCUACCUGAUGAAGCCGCUGGCUACUUUGACGUUCGCGAUAUCGUAGCAUUUCAAAAAGUCAUUGAGGAUAUUCCGCACAAGUAUGACAUUAUCGAAGUUGUGGAACGCCACUUUCUCAAAUAG